AUGGACUUCAUAAGGUAUGAUAAGAUUAGAGCACCCGAUCCUUUCAGCGGGUACGAGGCUGUGAACAAGAUCAAGGCGGCCGUGGAGGACGUCUGCCCGGGCAAGGUGUCGUGCGCCGACAUCCUGGCCUUCGCCGUGCGCGACUCGGUCGCCCGGUCGGCCGGCUUCACCUUCCCCAUCCCGUCCGGCCGGCGCGACGGCACCGCGUCGUCGGCGAUCUCCGUCUUCUCGGGCAUCCCGUCGCCGUUCUUCAGCGCGCAGCAGCUGAUCGACAGCUUCGCCGCCAAGAACCUGAGCGUGGACCACCUGGUGGCGCUCUCCGGCGCGCACUCCGUCGGCGUCGCGCACUGCUCGGCGUUCGCCAACCGGCUCCGGCCGACGGCGGACCCGGCACUGGACCCGGCGUACGCGGCGCAGCUGAGCGCGGUGUGCCCGGGCGGCGGCGCCGACCGGGCGGUGAACAACAGCCCCGUGGCGCCCGACACGCUGAGCAACCAGUACUACCGGAACGCGCUGGCCGGGCGGGUGCUGCUCACCUCGGACGCGGCGCUGCUGACCCGGGGCGACACGGCGGCGAGGGUGAACGCGAGCGCGGCCGACGCGACGGCAUGGAUGGCGCGGUUCGCGGCGGCGAUGGCGAGGAUGGCCGGCAUCGAGGUGCUCACGGGGGCGCAGGGGGAGGUCAGGAGGCUCUGCAACGUCACCAACAACUGA